AAGAUGGCUAGCACUGUAAAAAUCGCGGGGAGCAAGGAGACAUUCGGAGAGCAUUCCUAAAAUUCUAUGUAGUUAUCACUGCUUCAUCCAUUUGCAAUCCAUUCCAUUUGUGUGACGAAGGAUUCCAUUUCCAGUCCUUCGUCACACAAAACGAGAAAGAGGCCCACCGUUUAACAUACCAUCGAAAAUUACAUAGGAAGAGAAGAACGAACUUAUUCAAGGCCAAAACGUGAGGAGCCAUAAGCUCAGUUAAGGCUGAUACUGUAGUCUCCUGACCAAACGAUCAGGCCAGGAUGUGCUGUUCCGCCCCUUCCUGCUCGGGGCAUUUUUCAGAAGCGGAGGGCGACGGAAGCUUCUUACGGUUGUUGCUUUUCUGACUGAUCGAUGCAGUAAGAUUGUGUCUUGCUGCUUCCAAGAUGAGCCGGUUCCUGAACGUACUUCGUAGCUGGCUGGUUAUGGUGUCCAUUAUUGCCGUGGGGAACACAGUGCAGAGCUUUAGAGACCACAGUUUCCUUUCUGAGAAACUCUACACAGGCAAGCCAAGCCUCGUAAAUGGUCUCCAAGCUCGAACCUUCGGCAUUUGGACCUUGUUAUCUUCUGUGGUCCGCUGCUACUGUGCCAUUGAUAUCCGCAACAAGACCCUCUAUAACAUCACACUUUUGACCUUCUUCAUUGCCCUGGGCCACUUCCUCUCUGAGGUGUUUAUUUAUGGCACAGCAGCUGCAACGAUUGGUGUCCUGGCACCCCUAAUGGUGGCAAGUUUCUCCAUCUUGGGGAUGCUGAUUGGGCUACAGUAUCUGGAGGUAGAAGCCACAUCACAUAACAAGAAGCGGAAUUGACAUUACAGCUCCUGUCAUCUCAUCUGCCCGCCAGUCAUCUUCCAGUGUCUACCAUAUUAUCUUCUUGAUCUUCUGUUCUCAGCCUGUAUCAUACAAGGCAGUCAGAAUAUUCUUGGAUUUCCCUGUUGGUCAUUUUUGUUCCCAUUUGAUUUUGAUGUGAGCAGACAAAGGCAGAAAGGUAGUUUUGAACAGUUGCUCCAAACUGGGUAUGGGGAGCAGUAUCUUAAAGCAUCAGCAGAUUGGGUAGUAGAAAGGCCUCACCACAAGUUGUGCCAAGUGAAGGUUAUAGAUUCCCUCCCCUGACAGUCUGACGGCAAAUAAUAGAAAAAGCAGUGCUGCCCAAAAUUUGCUGAAAGAGAGGGCAUGUAAAUGUCUCUGUGGCACUCUUGAGUAGCUCCAUGGCACUCAGCAUAGUUGUCCAUAAGGGUGGCUUGCCAUAAAUGAAAGGGACUUGUGAAAACUUGUGAGGUAGAAGCAUUGGAUUGUCUCUCAUGCCUGAGCUUAACCCAAAGUACCUUAUAAAUUCUUCUUUCUGAAGACUAAAGAGCAAGCCUUAGUCCUUUUUUCCUUUAGCAGGCUACUUGUUUAGGUAACUGCUUUCUUCCAUCUUCUAGUUCCUGUUUCCUUUUCUCUGAAAAUAACACAAUUCAUUUAAUUGCUGUUCUUUUCUGAAUUUAUAUGAGAACUGGAACAUUUUAGGCAAGGCAAAGAAAUGUGCAUAACAAGCCUAUAUAUAUAAAUAAAAUAAAAUAAGGCUUUGGAGUAACUUUUGUUUAAAAAAGGGCUGCCAAAGCCACAGAACAAAUAAAUAACUUCUGCUCCUGUAGAAAGAGGCCAAAAUGUUUACUUUUUCAUUAAAAUGAAUGCUGCUAUUGUGGUUAUACAAAGUUGUAUCUGGUUCUGUCCUUCCACAACGGAAUGGACAUAGUAAUGAAAUGGAUUCUCCCUCUGAUCUGAUCCUAUAGCUUCUCACAUAGUCACCAAAUUCUGUUUUUGUUUUUUAUUCUAAUUUUUAAAUUGGUGGUUAUAAUGGUUUGUAUAUAUUCUUGAUUACUCUGCCCAGAGCAACUAUGUGAGAUGGUAGCUAUACAAAUGUGAUUAAAUAAAUAAAUAAAUGUGCUUUGGAGAUCAGAGAGUAUCUGGAACAGAUUUGGGAAAUGCACAAAGAACCCAGAAAAGAAGAAUUGAAUCCUGCACUGCAUGAGCAAAAAUCUUCUCAUCUCAGAUUGAUGUAGCCCACAAUUAAGUAUUUAUCUACCUCUCUUUACCAGAGUACCAUAUGUUAAUGGAUUGUCUUCAGCUUAUGUGUAAUUUGGCUGCUCGAAUGUCAUCUAAAAUACUAGGUGCAGCUAUAUUAAUACCAAUUACACCAGCUGUCAAUUUGCUACCAAGCUCAAUCAAAGUUUCAGAUUCAAAUACCUGAAGGAGUGAUUUCUCCUAUGUUUAUCUACUUGUGUAUUAUCUUCAGAUGAGACCUUUCUCUUUCAUACCUAAAGAGAUACAUCAUACAUCUAAGACAGGGCCUUCUUUGUGAUGGAAUCCUUUUCUGCGGUGCACUGUGGAUGUACAGUUGACAUCAACAUGGUAUUCUUAACAUGUUUUAUUUCUCCAGCCAUUGUAACUUGAAAUCAUUGUUUGUAGCUGGUUGAAUGUGCCUCUCAGUUAUACUAAUAGUGUUUGUUGCUUUAAUAUUGUAUUGUCUAUUGGUCUGUAUGCUGUCUUUUGUGUAAAGUGCUUUAUAUGUUUUUAAACAAAUAAAUAUAGAUUAUUGAGGGUUGGGAUGCCCAAAGGCAUGUGUCUCAGCCAUGUCAGUUUUGAAGGUGAUGCACAGAAGCAGCUCAACCCAGUCUUCCCUAACCUAGUAACCAAAUGUUUGGGACUACAACCCAUUAGUUCCAGCCAGCAUGGGCAAGGUAAUGGGACUACAACUCCCAUUAGUCCCAGCCAGCAUGGGCAAGGUAAUGGAUUGGAGGUUGUGUAGUCCAAAACUCUGAACAUUCAGGGAAGCUGUCUGAACCUUUCAUUGGCUGAGCAGUAUUUCCUACAUUCUAAUUUUUUUAGUAGUAGUAAGCAAGGAACAGUUAAAGGAACUGGGUAUAUUUCAUCUGCAGAAAAGAAGACUGAGGGUAGACGUGAUAGCAAUCUUCAGGUAUCUAAAAAGUUGUCAUAUAGAGGAGGGAGUGGACUUGUUCUAUGUCAUCCCAGAGGGCAGAACCAGAACCAAUGAGUUGAAAUUACAGAGAAGUAGAUUCAGAUUAGGAUUGGGUGGAAAUGUCCUAUUUAUGCUGGUUACCAGCGUAAAGUGGAAUGUUCACUGGAGGUCUUUAAGCAGAUGUUGGAUAGCAGUGUGCCUGACAGCCUGCACCAAGCAGCUGAUCUUGAUUUUUCAGUUUCUCCCAACUCUGUGAAUCUCUUGUCAUCUUCCCUAGAGGAGUUAGAUUGUUCAUUUUCAUUUUGUUGUUUAACAGAGCCUUGUAAUUUAAAUCGUACUCACAGGAUAGAUAAGGAAUGAAAAACGUACUUUUAAUGCAUGCUGAUAGCUGAAAUAAGGACUUUAUGGUGUCUAGUAUUUAUUCCAGAUGAAUUAACUUACAGUACAUGCUAAGCAAAUGAAACUUAAAAUAGGGAAAGCAGUGUCAGUUAACUCUUAAACUAUUCAACUUACAAUUUACUAGGCCUGGGUUCAUACAACAUAAUAGACUAAAAAGUGUUUGGCUGGUUUAUGGUUCAGAAUGUGCUAACUUAGCCAAGGUGAUUAAUUUCUAGUCCUGAAAAACUCUGGAGAAUCUUUUCCUUGCUAUAACUGACCAUAUGAAUUAUUUUAAAUUG